GUGGCGGGGGGUUGGGGUCGGCCAUGCCCCUGGUGGACCUUGAAAGCUUUAGACCUCUACGAUUGGCUGCUUUCAUUCUCCUCUUUCCUAAUUCAGGAAAAAUCUCUCUGAUUCAAGCUUUCUAGUUCCCGGCACCACAACGGCUCUCUUAAACCCUAAAAACCUCCCAUCAGUUCACCCUCUCAUGUUGCUUCACAACUAACACCUCUCUCUCUACUCGCUACAUUAAAUUUCCCCUGUAAAGAAACUUCCCUCUGCAGAACCCUACUCCUGUUCCAUGCUCAACCACAUCUAUCCAUGGAGGUCUUUACUCCGAAAAUCUCUCAACCUCAGCCCCAUCACUUCCCUCGUCUUCACCAAACACUCAGUCUCUGCCGCCAAGCUCCAUGAUGAGUCCGCCGACGCCUCUAUCCCUAAUGACGCCGUUCGCCAAAUCCUCAUUGGUUUAAGAAGCUUUGGUGCUUCUAAGUUUCUCUGGGGGCAUCAUUUCCAAACCCUAGCUUCGGUACUGAAUACCCAUCAGGUUGAUCAAAUUCUCCUUAGUUUGAGAGUCGAUAACUCCGACUCUGCGCUUUUUUUGUUUGAUUUAUUAAGAAAUGAGUAUGGAUUUCGGCAUUCUAGGGUUUCUUGGUUCAUUAUUUCGCAUGUUGUGGCCCGAAAAGGACAGUCCAAGGAGUUGCGCCGCGUUUUAAACCAAAUGGUGGAAGAAGAAGGUUCUGGGUCUGCGCCUUCCCUUUGUGAGCUUCUGUGCAAUAGCUUCAGGGACUGGGAUUUGAAUAAUGUGGUGUGGGAUAUGCUGGCUUGUGCUUAUUCAAGGGCUGAGAUGGUUCAUGAUGCCCUUUUUGUUCUUGCUAAGAUGAAAGUCCUGAACUUGCAAGUUUCAAUAGCAACCUACAACAGUUUGUUGUACAACCUUAGGCACACUGAUAUUGUGUGGGACGUCUAUGAUGAAAUCAAAGCAAGUGGGGUUCCACAGAAUGAGUACACUAAUCCUAUCCUUAUAGAUGGUCUGUGCAGGCAGUCCAGGCUACAAGAUGCAGUAACUUUCUUGAGGGAGACCAGGGGGGAAGAGUUUGGGCCUUCUGUUGUUUCAUUCAAUGCCCUCAUGUCAGGGUUUUGUAAAAUGGGUUCUGUGGAUGUUGCAAAGUCAUUUUUCUGCAUGAUGAUUAAAUAUGGAUUACUUCCUGAUGUGUAUAGCUACAAUAUUCUUCUUCAUGGGCUAUGUGUAGCAGGUUCUAUGGAAGAAGCAUUAGAGUUUACAAAUGACAUGGAGAAGCAUGGAGUGGAACCUGAUAUAGUUACCUAUAACAUUCUUGCUAAUGGAUUUCGCAUACUUGGUUUGAUAAGUGGGGCUUGGAAGGUUGUUCAGAGAAUGCUGCUUAAUGGGUUAAAUCCAGAUCUCGUUACAUAUACAAUACUGAUCUGUGGGCAUUGCCAGAUGGGCAAUAUUGAAGAAAGCUUUAAGUUGAAGGAGAAAAUGCUUUCACAAGGUUUAAAGUUGAGUAUUGUCACAUACACUGUAUUGUUAAGCAGUUUGUGUAAGAGUGGACGAAUUGAUGAAGCAGUGAUAUUGCUUCAUGAAAUGGAAGUUAUUGGCUUGGAGCCAGAUCUUUUAACAUAUUCUGUUCUCAUCCAUGGCCUCUGCAAGCGAGGGGCAGUACAAGAGGCUAUUCAACUAUAUGAGGAAAUGUGCUCCAAGAGAAUUUACCCAAAUUAUUUUGUAUGCAGCGCUAUUAUAUCAGGUCUUUUUGAAAAAGGGGCAAUUUCAGAGGCACAAAUGUAUUUUGAUUCAGUAACAAAGAGUGAUGUGGCAGAGGAAAUCAUUUUUUAUAAUAUUAUGAUUGAUGGGUAUGCAAAACUUGGUAAUAUUGGGGAAGCUGUACGGUUAUACAAACAGAUAAUUGAAAAAGGAAUUUCUCCAACUAUUGUGACUUUCAAUUCCCUUAUUUAUGGUUUCUGCAAAAAGGGAAAGCUAGCUGAGGCUGUAAAGUUAUUAGAUACUAUCAAGGUGCAUGGUUUGGUGCCAACUUCUGUAACUUACACGACUCUAAUGAAUGGAUACUGUGAAGUGGGAGAUAUGCAUAGCAUGUUUGACAUGCUUCAUGAAAUGGAAGCAAAAGCUAUAAAACCUACUCAAAUCACUUAUACUGUAGUUGUGAAAGGACUCUGCAAAGAGGGGCGGCUGCAUGAAUCUGUUCAAUUACUUGAGUAUAUGUAUGCUAGGGGUCUAUUCCCAGAUCAAAUCACAUAUAAUACUGUAAUUCAAAGCUUCUGCAAAGCUCAUGACCUACAAAAAGCUUUUCAGUUACACAAUCAAAUGUUGCAGCAUAGUCUUCAGCCUAGUCCUGUUACAUAUAAUGUUCUUAUUAAUGGCCUUUGUGUAUAUGGCAACUUAAAGGAUGCUGAUAGACUACUGGUUACUCUUCAGGACCAAAGUAUAAGAUUAACAAAGGUUGCCUACACAACAAUAAUCAAAGCACAUUGUGCUAAGGGUGAUGUACAUAAUGCACUGGUCUUCUUCCAUCAAAUGGUGGAGAGGGGUUUUGAGGUUUCCGUCAGAGAUUAUAGUGCUGUGAUCAAUAGAUUGUGCAAAAGGAAUUUAAUAACUGAAGCAAAAAUUUUUUUCUGUAUGAUGUUAACUCAUGGCAUUCCUCCUGAUCAAGAUAUUUGUUUGGUGAUGCUCAAUGCUUUCCAUCGAAGUGGUGAUCCCAAUUCAGUAUUUGAGAUAUUUGCUAUGAUGAUAAAAUGUGGCCUGCUUCCUGUUUAAAUCCACCAUAAAGCAAUGAUUCUUGUGAUUCUCACUAUAGAAAGAGCAGAUGUAUCAGUUGACAUGGGAGUCUGGUGCACAAGACACAUGGCCACUUCUCACAAUGCAACAUCACAAUGGAAAGUUAUAGAAGACUUUCAAAAUUUCAAGCAUCUCAGCCCAAGCACUCAGUAGCACCAAUUUAUCACAAAUCGUUCAAGUAGGCGAUUUAACAUAUUCUGCAGGGGAAAAUUCUGCUCAUGCUUCCUUGUUCAGAACGGUAGAUGUUGGAGACUUGACCCAUUCUGCUCACCUGAAAAAAUUGCAAAAGGUUCCACAAAGGGGCAAAUGCAAGUCAAUGUGUAGUAUUCAGGGAUCAAAUGGGGAAAGGAAAAGAGGAAAAAAGUGGAGCUAUCCUCUACAAUAUAUGUCAUCAAUAAAGUUAAUCAAACAACUCUCUCUGGAUUAGUGUAGACUUGGAGGCUAUUGACAUCUGUUUGUGCUUCAACACUGGCAGCUUCAUCCCUCGGACUUAUGUUCUUUUCUUUCUGUAUGCUUCACAGCAAGCACAAAGGGCUGCCCCCCCGAACACCUGUUUCACUUCCUUGCAGAUGCCAUGUGCCAGACCCUAAAAAAAAUCUACAACAGUCAUCAAUAGAUGCUGGGCUGUCACCUUGUCAUUCCUUUACAUGCAGCACCUGUGGUGAAGUACCCUCCUUUUGUACACCAGAUUAUCACUGGUCAAAAAUCUUACCAAAGUUGCAGUCCCUAUGAAUGAAGACAAAAUUCUCCUCCCUUUGUGCCCACUAGAGUCCCCAUGAAAGGCCUACUCAUGCUCUACUUUGUUUAAAUCAACAAAGCAUAAACCUUAACUGCUUGGGGUGGGCUUUAGGAAACUUGUCUCAACGUGCAGCUCUAUCUAGUGCCAUAUAUUCUCUAUCAGAAUGUAGCCUUCCAGACUGAAGAAGCUGCUUGAGGACUUAGUUGAUGGUUAUCUCUUUGACUCACUGUGCUGCUGUGAAUUGCUCAAAGAUUUCUGACAUCCAAGACAUCAGUUCUCUUGCUUCCUGCAAUUGCUUUUCUGGAUUUCAUGAAAUUUGUGCGUACAAUCACUAUUGUGAUGUUGUUUGACCAGGACACAAACAACAAGGCCCUGCAGUGCAAUGAUUCUGGUUGGUGACUUGAAUCCUUUUUUCCUUCCUACAUGUUUUCUGAAGUUUAUUGGCAUUUGGACCCAAACCUAUGGCUACAUUGUGAUACAAAGGAUACUUCUCAGAUUCGAAUAACAGCUGAUGGUUCUAUUAUUACAUGACUCUGAUGGUUUGCCUUGUGAACCUGUAAAUGGAUCAACAAGAUAGCCAGUAUCAGGCCAUAAUUUAUCCAUGAUGUGGACAAAAAGUAGAUUCCUUUCACUUCUAGAAAUGGUGCAAGAAGUCUGAAGGCAGAGGAGAGAGCAAGGAGUAAUGGCAGAGUGCUGUCAACUUCCUACUCUUUUAAGUGAGGUUUCAUUCUUACUGUUGAAGCCAAAUUGUUGGGGUGUGCAGAGAAGUUAAUGAAAUUAAAGAUGAUUUGAGAGCAUAAGAUCUUUUUUGAGGAAUGCAGAUGUCAGAGAAGAAGAUGAGUUAUGACACACAUGAUGUUCUUGACAAGUUGAUCCAUCACCUUGUGCAGUGCCCUCAAGGGCAUGGAUUCAUUUGUUCUCUCUGCAGCAGUCUUCCACUUAUGAGAACAUUUGAAGCACACCAUGGCAUCGCAAGGACAGAGAGGAUAAAACAACUUGACUUGGUUCCAUCUCAGGUAGGAGAAAUACUUGAUGCUUUGGUUAUGAUGAAGAGGGGUUGGUUCCAGUGCUAGGGUUGAUAGACUGCACCAGCCUAGAGUUGCUUCAUUUUUUGCCAAGGAAGCAGAUAAUCAUAUUUUGGGCAUUGAUCAGCCCAGAAAAGAGUUGACCGUGGAUGGUGCAAGGAGAGACAACUCACCGUGAUUACUUUUGAUGGGAUGUGUGGUAAUGGGCAGGACCACCCUUGUUAAGAAUAACUGUGAUGACCGGCAGGUCAAGAGCUCCGAGUCCCUUGCUUGGAUUACUGUGUCGCAUAAACCUAAUGUCGUUGGACUUAAAGAGCCUUACAGAGCAAAUAUACAAGGAUGGAAAUGUGGCUGCUCAUUCAGGAACAUAUUGCCAUGGAUAACGUUCAACUAAGGACUUGAAGGAAAGGAGGUAUUUGUUAUUCUUGAUACAUGGGGAAUAGUUGAGUGGAACAAAGCUUAUCCAGUAUCAUCGAUGCCAUGGUUCUAUUUCAACAAAGCUUUCCUCACUCUACACAUUUAGAAUUUGCGAAGAUUUUUUGGUUUAAUCAUUGUAAAAACAAAGAGAUAACUUGCUAAGAGUGUGAUAAUGAGCAUCUUUCCAUUGUUGGUCUA